AUGGGCUCCCUACGCGGCCUUCUCCUUUGUUGUCUUGUGCUGGUCACGCCCUUUGCCGCCCACAGCAGCCAUGCCCACCAGCAACCACUGUUUCGCGGAACAGCCACCGCCAACACCACUCUAAUCUCCCAGAAGCUGUUCUGGGAGCUCGAAGAACUCGCGCGCAUAGUCGACAUCUCGUACUGUGUGGGCACCGCCGGCCUGGGCAUCAAGCGCCCCUUUAGCUGUGCGAGCCGUUGCGCGGAUCGCGACUUUGAGACGUUUGACCUCGUCACGGCAUGGAACACGGGCCCUUUCCUGUCAGACUCGUGCGGAUACAUCGCCCUCUCGCACCACCCUGCGGAACCGCGCCUUAUUAUCGCCUUUCGCGGCACCUAUUCGAUCGCAAACACCAUUGCCGAUCUCUCCACCAUACCCCAGGAAUACAUCCCAUACCCGGGCGAUGACGACGAAAACGAUAGCUCGGAUUUCAUCUCCCCGCCGGCCGGCGCCGAAGAUGGUAACCCACCGCCCGCCGAACCGCCCAAGUGCGACAACUGCACUGUUCACACGGGCUUCUAUUCGUCCUGGCUCAACACUCGCAAGGUCAUCCUGCCAUAUGUUACCGAGGCUUUGGAGAGAUACCCUGAUUACAAGCUGGUUUUGGUAGGGCACUCUCUCGGCGGCGCUGUUGCGACGCUUGCUGGGCUGGACUUCAAGGCGCGUGGCUGGGAUGCUCAUGUGACCACUUUUGGAGAGCCAAGACUCGGGAACAAGGAGUUCAACGCAUACGUGAAUGAGCGCUUCAACAUUACAGCCAACCACGAGCACAACAAGCUGCACCGCGUCACCCAUGUAGGCGACCCCGUGCCUUUGCUGCCACUGGCCGAAUGGGGCUUCAGCAUGCACAGCGAAGAAAUCUUCAUAUCCGAAUCCAGCUUGCCGGCUUCCGUUUCCGACGUCUACUACUGCGAGGGCGACGAAGACGUAAAUUGUAUUGCGGGGAGCGAUGCGGAUAAACCUGCGUGGGGCGUGCCGUCUCGUUUCAAAUUCUGGCAGCUGUUCUUCGCCCACCGCGACUACUUCUGGCGACUGGGAUUGUGCCUGCCUGGCGGCGAUCCGCGAGACUGGUACGACAAGUACCAGGGCGACAACGACGAUCAUCUGCCUGAGGUGGAAGAGUUGUAA